UGCAGGCACAUAACAGACAUUCUACUUCCGGGUCGGAGUUCUCCGGGGUCCUGUCAGCGCGGAUUAGAAAAGACGGCCGGCCAGUCUCCACGAAAAUUCGCUAAUUUCUUUGCGUUAAAGCGUCCGGAUCAGCCUUAAAUAUGUCUGGCAGGGAAGGAGGAAAGAAGAAGCCACUGAAGGCACCCAAGAAACAGAACAAGGAGCUCGAUGAUGAGGACAUGGCUUUCAAGCAGAAGCAGAAGGAGGACCAGAAAGCCAUGGAGGCCUUGAAAUCCAAAGCGGCAGGAAAAGGACCUCUGACGAGCGGCGGGAUCAAGAAAUCGGGCAAGAAGUAAAUCCUGAGUUUGACGACGAUGUUUGUUUGCUACUGAGUCCCCAGCCUCACGUUGUGCGCUGACCGACACCCAUUUGUUCGCCGGGGAUGCUCCAGUUUGUUUUGUUGGAUAAAACCCGAACCCCGCUCCCACCCUGCAACUCUGCAACCCCGCACCCCGCUCCUGUUCCAGUGUUCCUAACACAGAAAUGUAUAGAAAAUUAAUUCAAGGAUCAGAAAUCCCUUUACUAGUAUGGAAACGUGCCGCUGGUUCAACCUCCACGACCCGUCGCACGACACCGCCCGUGUCAUUGGGCUCGGCACACUGUGAUCAUUUGUUCUUGUGAAGGUUAAACCCAGUUAUCGCACGUCGUCGUUUGUCGUUAUCAUCAAAUCAAACACCAACCAGAAUCUGAAAAUGAAAUGGAAAAUGUAGGAACCUCGAUCUCCUCUGUAUUGUCCUGGGUUCAUGUUAACUACCAGAAACAUAAAUUACCCCCAUUUUUUUUUUUCAGUCUUUUGUUGUAAAGAUGGCGAUAUCAAUAAAGUUUUUUGUAAUUACG